AUGACGUAUGCUGUGUGUAUUCCGCACAUUCACUACUUUUUCUCGACUGCCGUCUUCAGCCCGGAAUUUCUAGUCGUCCAGGCCCACGUCUUUACCACUCGCCAAACUCUCGACUCGCACCUUUCAACAAAGUCCGCCCAGUCGAUCAUGGACAUACAAAAGAUUGAUACCGAUGGCGAAGGGGUUUCUAACGCUCUCACGACAGAAAACCUGCGCAACUCACCUCUACUCCGGCUACCGGCAGAAAUCCGCAAUGACAUCUUCGCGAUGGCCAUUGGCGGCCACUUCAUCCGCGUCUGUUCCACCGUCCAAUGCGAGCUCUGUCGAAACAACAGGUCUGUCGGUUGCGCCGUGCAUUGUCCUCCGGAUCUCCUGUCCCUCACUGCAACGUGUCGCCAGAUCCACGCGGAAACCCGACCUCUGCCCUUCACUGUCAACACUUUCUGUGGCUAUGCUCGAGAUAUGGCGAGAACAUUCGAUGCCAUCUUCGACAGGACGCAGCUCGAAAGUAUAGCAUCCUUGUGCAUCAUGAUCCUCUUCAGUGCCGACUUCAAAGGAUUCAGACGCUUAAGUGGGCUAGAGCAGGUCACCAUAUUAUCGAAAUACACUUUUGAUCGGCUCGUCAAUCCGUCAAAUGCUGAAGAGAUACUGAGGAGGAAGUUCCUUAGAGAGGUCAGGAAGAAUGAGGCUAUCGGCUAUGUGGACUUGAAGAUCAUUGAUACGGAGAGUCUUCGCGACAUGGGCUUGAGCUCUCCCAUGACACUUUCCCCGGGCUAG